UUUUUUUUGCUUAUAUUGUGUUACGUUACGUGUUAUAUUAAAAAAUAUCGACCUAUUAUAUUUUCGUUAAUCGUUAGCAGGUGUUGACAAUUCUGAAGAGAAUCUUGUCUGGUUAUCUGGUGCGGAGUACGUUUAUUUUGAAGUUAAAAAUACCACAUUACUACUGCUCUCAUUAGGGGGUAAUAGUUCGUACAUGAGGGAAAAUUAUCAGUAGUUUAGUCUAGCCUGUACACUUGCAUUGUAAUGUGAUCAUACUUUAAAAACCGAAUUGAAUGUAUUUUUUGUUUUUUUUUUUUAAUAAAAUGUACAUGGUCAGUAGACCUUACACCAGGGCGGCACCCCUAUCGUGUAUGCUCUGUUCAUGUUUUAACAUACAGUAUUUCACAACAUCAUAUGGAAUAUUAAAAAUAAUUCAAAUUAUAUUGGGAUCGAUAUGCCAGAGUUUAAUGUUGUUUUAUGGGACAAAGUACAUUCCGACAAUUGGAACUUCUUAUGAAUCAUUUCUUUCAACUGUUGCUGGGUGCUUAAUGACAACAACAGUCAUAAGUGUAUCUUAUUUGCUAUCAAGAAAUACUGAAACACUUGUUAGAUCAACACUUUUUGAAAUCAUUUUUGGAAUUUUUGCAUCACUUUGUUAUAUCAGUUCAUCAUCAUUACUAACGAUAGCACUAUAUGCAAUAUUAUAUCCAGUUCUUAUGGUUAUACCAUUUACUUCUUUGUUUUCAGCAAUAAUGCUGACAUAUAUAUUAGGAUUUAUUCUUGGAGCUUUAUAUGCAAUUGAUGCUUAUUGGGCGUAUAAAUACUACAAAGGAUUUUCAUAAAAUAAACAAAAUA